AUGGCUGGGUCAAGCCGGGGAAGAGGGCGGACGGCCUUCACGUUCGAUGUUGGAGCUAUUGGCUUUGCUAAAGGGGAAGCACUACCUGAAGCAGCAUUCAAGCCUUCUGCCCUGUAUCCUCCUACAGAUUUCAAACCGAUACCACUGAAAGCAGGAGAGAAUGAAGAUUAUCUUGUGGCAUUAAAACAAGAAUUUAGGGCAACAGUGAGAAAUACACCCUAUUUUAUGUGCAUUAAAAAUGAAGACCGAGGUCAAAAAGGGAAAGCAAUACCAAAAAUCUGUGUUAAGGAUUGUUCAUUCACCAUUCUGAAAAUAACUAGCACAUUACAUGUAACCUGGUUUUCUCCAACAGAGUUGGAAAAGAAAGGUGAUGAAGAAAAAGCAGAUGAAGAGAAAAAGAAAAAAGACAAAGGGGAAGAAGAGGAAGAAGCAGAAGAGCCAGAGGAAAACGAUGAAGAGGAGCAUGGGGAGAAUGACUACAUUUCUUCAUAUUUUGAAGAUGGAGAUGACUAUGGAGCCGUUAAUGAUGACAAUAUGGACGAAGCAAUUUACUAA